GCGACGGACAUCAUCAGCUGGCAAGCCCCAACAGGUUGCAGAGGUGUUGGAGCCCAGUAGCUCGUCUCUGACCAUUGGUCACGCCAUGAGCGUGGUAAAUGUUAUGGACACCAUGUUAGAGGAGACGAAGGCUGCAUUAACAGCUGCAGUGCAGAGGUGGAUGAAGGCACGCAUUGGGCAUGGCUUAGGUGAAGUGACAUCGGAAGAGGUGGCUGGUGCUCAACUUAGCAAAGCCCAGUUGGAGGUUGUCGCUGCCGAUGUCAAGGUCGAAGUGGUCAAGGCUAAGGUCGGAGUGGCCGAGGCCAAGGUGAGUGUGGCCGAGGCCAAGUUGGAGGCCGGCGAGGCUGAUCCUGUUGACGUGGCCGAGGCUAAGGCCGGAGUGGCCGAGGCCAAGGUCGGAGUGGUCGGAGCCAAGGUGAGUGUGGCCGAGGCCAAGGUCGGAGUAGCCGAGGCUACGGUCGGAGUGGCCGAGGCCAAGGUGAGUGUGGCCGAGGCCAUGCUGGAGGCCGGCGAGGCCGAUUUGGUUGACGUGGCCGAGGCCAAGGCCGAAGUGGCCGAGGCUACAGUCGGAGUGGCCGAGGCCAAGGUGAGUGUGGCCGAGGCCAAGUUGGAGGCCGGCGAGGCUGAUCCUGUUGACGUGGCCGAGGCUAAGGCCGGAGUGGCCGAGGCCAAGGUCGGAGUGGCCGGAGCCAAGGUGAGUGUGGCCGAGGCCAAGGUGAGUGUGGCCAAGGCCAAGCUGGAGGCUGGCGAGGCUGAUCCUGUUGACGUGGCCGAGGCCAAGGUCGGAGUGGCCGAGGCCAAGAUUGCUCACGGAAAGAGUCGCGGCGAUUCCGAGGAAGACAUUGCGUCGCUCUCUGCCUACGCCGACUUUCUGCGCAGCAACAUGCGCAAACUCGCCACUUUUACCAUGCGGGCCGAGAUGGAGACUGUGCGGCAUUCCGUGACACACGACCUUUGGACGCUUGUCUUUUCCUCGAGCUCUCGUCCCCUUGUUGGCCUAGACACCGACGCUAUGCGGACCUUCCAUCUGGAAAAGGCUUUUGUUGCGGAGCUCUAUGCCUCGCUCUCGGUCCAUGUUCCUACUGCCAACGCAGAGUUGCCUCUGCCGCUUGAUGCCAUCCGAUUGCGGUGCGAGCGCGCUGCAGCCUUUUGCCACGACCACGCCGCUGCUCUUGAUGCGGCGGUGGGUAGUGCAGCUGCCAUCGCCGAGCACAAGGCACGGCUCGCAGAUGCAGAGCUGGAGGCGAGUGUUGCCGCCGCCCAGGCUGGUACCGCAUACAGCGAGCGGCUGAAGAACAGGCUCCUCUCCCAGGCUCACGAGUGGCAAGCCCAAGCCGAGCUGCUCUCGUCGCGCGCGGUCAAGCCCAAUUCAAAUUUGUCAGCACGUGUGCGCGAGGUCAGGAGCACACGGAGUGCCUCGAACGACCCGAGUACUUCUGGUGCCCGGUCAGCUGACGACGCUGCAGGUGUUGCAGAGAGACUCACAAGGCGCAUGUGGCACGAGCGUCCGAUCCUGCCGAACGCUGUCGCUGACGUGCUGUUUGGCGUCCGGUCCACCGAGAUGACCCUUGGCUUCGGCGUGUACGAACCAGGCGUGUCUCACAAGAACGGCCAGGUAGAGGCGUACGCGCACGCUUUGGCUCUGGCUCUGGCUGGCCUCCCGCUCGGCCCAUCGGUACUUUCGCUCUCUGGCCAGUUUCCCACCGCAGCCAACAUGGCCAGAGGAUCGCCGACCCACCCUUCUCUCCAGCUCGCGGCACACCUUGUCCGAAGCGAUCACAUCCUGACGGUGGAUGUGGCGAGCAUGACCUGCACCAGCCUCGACGAGUACGUGACGGUCGUGGUCGGCUUUGCCGUGGCCAUGUCCGAAGUCACCGCCAUCAUGGUCCGCCGGCUGCAUGAGCCGCUGCGUGCACCGCGCAGUUUCGGCCCCAACGUGGCGGUGGUCGACGGCUACGCCUUCAAGUGGUUCUUGGGAUCAACGUCGCGCAUGCCCAACGCGCACGCAUGGAGGGUCGCGUCACCUGAGCUGUGUGCCUGUGCUCUGGUCGUCAAGACUCCGUUUGACGUCCGCCGCUGCGAGCGCACCAUCAACGCGUCGCUUGGUACGACUGCCGUCCUUGUCACCCAUUUCAAGACCGACAUUGAGGACGAGUCGUCGGACGAGCAUCCGGACGCUUCCAUGGUCACCUUGUCUCACUUUCAAGACGUCGCACGCCGUCUUGCCGCACUCCAUGGCAUCGGCAUGGUUCACGGCGACAUUCGCCGCAACAACAUGGUGUUUGACAACGACGGCAACGGCUUUCUCAUCGACUUUGACCUUGCGCGGCCGAUCCGCGAGCUCUACCCGGCAUCACUCCGCCACGUGGCCGACGGUAAGCGCGCGCCCGGGCUUGUCGACCCAGGCCAUGGGCGGCGCUUACCCAUGGAGACUGUCCACGAUGUGUUUUCGCUCGGAGCCGUCAUGGACUUGUACCAGGCCGCCGACGCCACCCACCAGACGACUUGGAGUCGUCUGGUGGACGCCAUGAUGGCCAGUGACUCGGCCGGCAAGCUCUCCGGGAGCCUCCCCACUGCAUGGCCGGAGCGCCGCCGCCGCUCCGACAUCCGUCGCCGCCGCCAGGAGCGCAUGCGCCUCUUCGGCUCGCAUCAGGGCGGAGUCCACGGCCGCGCCGAUGGUCGCAUGCGCCCGAACCGCGGCUACAACUCAGGCUAUUCGGGGCAUGACUCGUACUCAUACGACUCGUACUCGUACUCGUCCGCCGGCCACAGCUCGCGCCACCGCCGCCGCAUCCGCCGCCGCCGCUCCGACAUCCGCCGCCGCCGCGAGCAGCGGUCGCGCAUGAUCGGCACGAUCGGGGCGGCGAUCCUCGGAGGUGGCGGCUACAACAACAACCAGGGUCGCGGCCGCUCGGGCUACGGCAGUGGUGGCGGAUACGGCGGCGGCGGAUACGGCGGUGGCGGCGGGUACGGCAGCGGCCACUCGGGCGGAGCCUACGGAUCGGCAUACUCGACCGGCGGAGCAGGCCAGCCGCACAUGGCUGGGCCGCAUCCGUCCGUUUCGGUUGGCGGUGGCCUGGGUGUGGGUGGCGGAGGCCCGAGCUCGGCGUACGGAAGCGGGCAGCCACAAAGCGCGCCGCCGACCUGGGCUUGGUGGGUCGACGACGAUGACGAGAUGAUGGCGUCGCAGAACACGCCUCGCGAGGUACUGGAGGCCAUCAAGGGAGCGCUCGAGGCGAGCGGAUACCGCCUGCAGCGGGCGUGGGCACUCAACCGCGCGCGCUGGGGAGCCAAGCUCAAGGGGUAUCCGUUCCGCAAGUCGUUCCUUGCCAACACGCUGGCUCCCAUCCUCACCGCCAUCUCACACGCCGGCUACAUGGUAGCCAACGGCGCGCACUUUGGGUCGCGAGUCCACUUUUACUUUGCACCGCUUGUUGCCGCCGGUAGCAGCCAUGUCUCGCCGGCUUCGCUCCCGCCCAUUGUCGUAGCUACCGGCUACAACAACAACCUCAAGAUCUCGUCGAACGCCGACCCUAGCAUGGUCGACGCGCUCGGCGCCGCCAUGGCCGCCGAAGGUUUGCAGGUCAAGGCCAAGUUUGCACCUGAGAAGAAUGGCACGUUUGCCACCUCGGUGGUGGCCUCGUUUGAGCGGCGAAACACCGCCCUGCACUCGGUCGUCCGUGUCGCCAAUGCCAUUGUCCAGAUCGGCCUCACGCUCCUCUCUGUGGCCGGCGAGUACAUCUUUGUCUUUCGCCACCACACGCCGGGUGUCGACCCACCGCUCUUCAAGUUUGUCGGUGUGGCUGGCUCCAGCGACCGUGCCUACGCCUCGGCCAAUGCUCCUCAGGGACUCAUCCGCGAGCUCGACUCACAGCUCGGCUCGAUGUUUGGCCUGCAGAAGCCGAUGGCGGCCGACGCUGCAGGCAACUACGAGUGCAAGAUCCGCGGCUUUCCGUUUGUCAUGUGGAAGGGCUUUACCCGGACAGCCAAGCUCCUGCUGGAGGCCAUUCACCGGUACGUCUCGCAGACAGUCAUUGCCGUCGGCGACUCUGACUAUUUUGCCGUCCUUGCCCCGCUCGACGGAACCCACGACUCUGGCGUCGGCCGCGGCGGCGGCGUAACCAUGGUCAACCUCACCCACGAGCAGUUCCGAGUCCUCCCCGACGACCCGCGGCUCUUCGCCGCCAUCCGCACCGCGCUCGGCCAGUUUGGCAUUUCGGCCGGGCGGCCGCCGGCGGCUCGCGUCGCUAACGACCCAUUUGCCCAUCACGCCACCCAGUUUUACGCCAGCAACACCUUCUCGCACAAGUACCAGCUUAUCGUCUCGGAGCUGGCCGUCGUCAACACUCUCCGCGCAGAGGGCUUCCGCGUCGAGGCCGUUCACAACACCAAGCACGCUGCCCAGAUCCUGCGGUACAACGCGCAGACCCGUCGGGAGGAGCCGGUGACGUCCACAAAGUCGGACGUUGUCAUUAUGGUCCGCUACGCGCCCGGACAGGCUCACUCGGCCAACGCUGCACAGCUGAGCAUGGUGUCGUCCUCGUCGUCGUCCGGUUGCGGCGAGUCGGCCGCACGCCCAGCGCAAGGCACUGGCUCGGCACUCCCGCCCGGCUGGGAGGCCAAGGUCGAUCCGGGCUCGGGUAAGAUGUACUACGUCAACCAUCACACCAAGACAACAACCUGGGACCGCCCGACAACCAGCGCUGGUGGCGCGCCGAUCAUGGCUGCCUCGUCUCACUCGUCGGCUCAUCCCGCGGCAUCGACGCCUGUCCCGGCCCUCCCCGACGGGUGGACCUCGGAUGUCGACGCCAACACUGGCCGCCGGUACUACAUCAACACCCGGACGCACCAAACCCAGUGGCACGCGCCGCCGGCACCGCCGGCGUCGUCGUCGGCCGCGCCGGCAACGCCGGCGCUCCCGCCGGGCUGGGAGGCCAAGAUUGAUCCGGCGUCGGGCCGCACCUUUUACGUCGACCACAACACCAAGCAAUCGCAGUGGACGCCGCCGCCGGGCGUCACGCCGCCGGCUGCAGCUGCCACGCCACCGCCGCCGCGGGCCCAUUUCAACCCCUACCAGCAGCCCAACACGCCCGUCGUCUCGCCACUCGUCGGCAACCCCUACGGCGCGCCCGUUGCCGCUCCCGGCGGCCAGCCUGCCGUCUACGGCGCACCUGCAGCCGCCUCGGCCAACCCGUACGCGCUCGACCCAUCUGCCGCACAGCAGCCGGCAUCGGCAGCAUCGGGCUACCAGCCGGCUCGGGCCACACCAACAGCGGCGGCCAACCCGUACGGCAAGCCGGCCGCGUACGGUGCGGCGGCGUCGUCGACCGGCGCAGCGCCGCCGCCGUUCUAGUCUUGCCUACUUGCGGGUCUUCUUGAGCGCCACGGCAG